CCAUUGACCCCGGAAGUGUAACGUUUGGUGACGUCAGAAAACAGGAACACAUGCGGCUCAUCUUUACUGACAAAACACUAAAACGUGUCUUUACUGCAAAGUGAUAUUCAGCUGCUGUCCAUAAACCCUCUGUGCUUUUAGGAGACUCUGUUCACGUGACUCCUUUCUUUCUUUCAAGCUGGCGGGGGAACCUGAAGCUCCCCUCUUAUAAUGUCUCAGGCCACCAAACGGAAACAUGUUGUCCAGGAGGUUCUUGGGGAUUUUGUCAAGCCCACAGAAAACCAGCAGAUCGUGAAGGUCACUGGCAGCCGUGGCAACAACCUCCAUGAAGCAGUCACGGCCCAGGGUGUGACUUUCCUGGUGAGCAUGCCCCCCAAGUUCCGCAAGAACCUCUGGAUCAAGAGAGGUGACUAUGUGAUUGUGGAUCCCAUUGAGGAAGGAGAGAAGGUGAAGGCAGAGAUCAGCUUCAUUCUCUACAAAGAUCACAUUCAGUAUCUGCAAAAACAGCAGCUCUGGCCAGAGGGGUUUACGGUGGAGCAAGCAGAGGACAAGACAAACAAGGAGAAGGAAAAGGAGGAGGAGACGGAGGAGAAGGACGAGGACUUCAGUGACUCGGAAGAUGAUGAGAGUGACCUCUUUGUAAACACCAACCGCUGUAACUACCAGUACAUUGAGAGUGGAGAGGAGGACAGUGAGGAAGAAGAAGACGACCACAAAGACCAAAGGACAGAAAAUGGUUCGUAGUGGCCGCACUGAGGACACGGACAAUCGAGAGGGAGAGUUGUGAAAAUCAUGAGACGGUCUGCUCUGCAGCAGCUGCGUCUGGACCUCCUGUUGGCUGGACUCAUUGAAUGGACUUGAACUUAAUGGAACAAAAUAAGUCUUGCUUGUUAAAUUGAUUAAAAAAAAGAAUCUGAAAUUACUGAUCUCAAACUUAAACCGAAAUUGAAAAUGUCAAUUUGAGGUUCUUCUGUAGUUUCAGUGGUUUCCUGCAAAUGUCUCACAAACUCAAGCACGGUUACAGUCUGACCUCCUGUGCAGUGAUUGCUAUACUGAACACUAAAGGGUAUAAAGUAUACCCGGGCCAUACUGUACAUGUGCAGGAUGUUAAUGUAAACUGUUAAAACCAUUCCUCCAUAGGACAAAAUUGAAACCCACAAAAACCUUGUCACCGUUGACAGAACACACUUUUUCUCACGUUUAAUUUUAGUUCCUAGUUUAGAUUGAAAAGUCUGGAACGUGGUGGGGAUUCAAACAUCUUUCCAGUUUAACUGUUCCUCUGGAGAAUACUUCUUUAACAAGCUGGGCUGUUUCCGUUCUUACAGAUUAUUUUAUUUUCAAAUGAAUGCAGCUGAUAGCCUUUGUGAUUUUUAAACUGAAAAGCCUCUGGUUUCAAUUGUAUCAUGUUGUACAAAUAGUUGCUCAUUGUGACUGAUUUGUGCCUCAUCUCUUUCUGACAUUCCUUGCUGAUUUUGGUUUGUGUCAUGAUAAACAUUUUGGAAAUAGAUUUAUUCUUAAGCUGUUUUUUCAGCACUUUGAUUCAACAUCACCCUCUUGACGUCUUCCACUUUAUGUAUAAUAAUACUUCAAGACUAUAAAUCUUCUAAAGAAUACAUGCUUUUUGUUUCACAUUCAUAAAAACAUUUCU